AUGUUGUCACAGACAGCGAGUUUGAGAGUCCAGGGCCAAGGAAUCGAGGCCCACAGGUUGCCUGGCUUGAUCCGGGGCUAUCCCUUUUCUGUGGGGGCCCAGCUGCUCUCACCGGCCUGGAGACUCUUCCUCCUCAUCAUCUGUACUGACUGCGGCCGUCGGGCACAGCCGCUGUCUCUCGAAGAGCUGCUGGCAAAGAAGAAGGCAGCAGAAGUGGCGGAGUCCAAGCCCAAGUUCCUCUCCAAGGCAGAGCGAGAGGCGGAGGCCAUGAGAAGACGGCAGCAGGAGGUGGAGGAGCGGCGGAGGGCCCAGGAGGAUGAGAGGAAGCAGAGGAAGCUGUUCCAGGAGCUGGGCAGGAAGAUGCUGCAGGACCCCCAGGAGCGUGAGAGACAGGAGCGUCGUGAGAGGAUGGAGCGGGAGAACCAGGGCAAUGAUGAGGAAGGUGGGCGCCUGAAGAUGCGUGAAGAGAAGGACAAGACCAAGGAACUGCAAGCCAUCAAGGUCCCGUACACCUCGAAUGGUGGGGUCUCAGCAGUCUGGUGGGAAGGGGUAGAGACCUGGGUCUGUGGUGGGUGGGUCUAAUGUAGUUUGAACCUCUCUCUGCAAGGGAUGGGAACUGUGACUCAGCUGCCACUUGGAACCCAGUGCUCAGGAAAGUUGGGGUGAACUGUGGGACUAGCAAGAAGGACAGCAGAGCAGCAAUGGCUGGAGUUUCUGCGAAAAAUGAGUGAAGUGCAAGACAGAUAUGUUCCAAAUAAGUAGAAAUUUACAAAUGGGAGAAGGACACUACUGUGGCUGACAAGUGAAGUCAGAGCCAAAGUAAAAGCAAAAGAGAGGGCAUACAAGGAAGCCAGAGGUAGUGGGGAGAUAAAGGAUUGGGAAGCAUUUAAAAACUUCCAGAAGAAAACUAAUAAGGUCAUUAGGAAGGAAAGAUAAAUUAUGAAAGGAAGCUGGUGACUAAUAUCAAAGAAGAUACUUGUAUGUUUUUUUAAGUAUAUAAAGAGUAAAAGAGAGUUGAGGGUAGAUAGACCAAUAGAACCAAAUGCAUAUUUUGCAUCAGUCUUCACGGUGGAAGAUAUCUGCAGUAUACUGGACAUUCAAGAGUGUCAGGGAAGUGAAGUAGGUGCAGUGAAAAUUACAACUGAGAAGGUGCUCAGGAAGCAUAAUGGUCUGAGGGUGGAUAAAUCUCUUGGACCUGAUGGAAUGCACCCUCGGGUUCUGAAGGAAGUAGCUGAAGAGAUUGCAGAGGCAUUAACAAUGAUCUUUCAAGAAUCGAUAGAUUCUGGCAUAGUACCGGAUGACUGGAAAAUUGCAAAUGUUACUCCACUAUUUAAGAAGGGUGGGAGGCAGCAGAAAGGAAACUAUAGACCUGUUAGUCCAACAUCAAUGGUUGGGAAGUUGUUGGAAUCGAUUGUUAGGGAUGAGAUUACAGAAUAGCUGGAGGCAUAUGACAAGAUAGGCCAAAGCCAGCAUGGUUUCCUGAAAGGAAAAUCCUGCCUGACUAACCUGCUGCAAUUUUUUGAGGAAAUUACAAGCAGGGUAGACAAAGGAGAUGCAGUGGAUGUGGUGUACUUGGAUUUUCAGAAGGGCUUUGACAAGGUGUUGCACACGAGGCUGCUUAGCAAGAUAAGAGCCCAUGGAAUUACAGGGAAGUUACUAACAUGGGUGAAGCACUGGCUGAUCGGCAGAAAACAGAGUGGGAAUAAAGGGAUCCUAUUCUGGCUGGCUGCCAGUUACAAGUGGAGUUCCACAGGGGUCGGUGUUGGGACUGCUGCUUUUUACGAUGUAUGUCAAUGAUUUAGACUAUGGGAUUAAUGGAUUUGAGGCUAAAUUUGCCAAUGAUACAAAGAUAGGUGGAGGAGCAGAGAGUGUUGAAGGAAGCAGAGAAACUUAAAUAGUUUAGGGGAAUGGGCAAAGAAGUGGCAAAUGAAAUACAAUGUUGGGAACUGUAUGGUCAUGCACUUUAGUGGAAGAAAUAAAUGGGCAGACUAUUAUUUAGAUGGGAAGAGAAUUCAAAAUGCAGAGAUGUAUAGGGACUUGGGAGUCCUUUUGCAGGAUACCCUAAAGGUUAACCUGCAGACUGAGUCAGUGGUAAAGAAGGUGAAUGCAAUGUUGGCAUUCAUUUCUAGAGGUAUAGAAUAUCAGAGCAGGGAUGUGAUGUUGAGGCUCUAUAAGGCACUCAUGAGACCACACUUGGAGUAUUGUGUGCAGUUUUGGGCUCCUUAUUUCAGAAAGUAUAUACUGAGAUUGGAGAGGGUUCAGAGAAGAUUCACGAGAAUGAUUCCAGGAAUGAAAGGGUUAACGUGUCAGGAACAUCUGGCAGCUCUUGGGUUGUAUUCCCUAGAGUUCAGGAAAAUGAGUGGGGAUCUCAUGGAAACAUUCCGAACGUUAAAAGUCCUGAACAGAUUAGAUAUGGCAAAGUUAUUUCCCAUGGUAGGGGAGUCUAGGACAAGUGGGCAUGACCUCAGGAUUGAAGGACGUCCAUUGAGAACAAAGAUUCCAAGAAAUUACUUUAGUCAGAGGGUUGGUAAAUCUGUGGAAUUUGUUGCCACAAGCAGCUGUGGAGGCCAAGUCAUUGGGUGCAUUUAAGGCAGAGAUAGAUAGGUACUUGAUUAGCCAGCGCAUCAAAGGGUAUGGGGAGAAGGCAGGGGAGUGGGGAUGACUGGAAGAAUUGGAUCAGCACAUGAUUGAAUGGCAGAGCAGACUCAAUGGGCCGAAUGGCCUACUUCUGCUCCUAUAUCUUAUGGUCUCAUGGUCUUAUGAAUGGGCAGGAGUGGAUACGGUCCAGAUUGUGGACAGUGGGAGAGAAUGGGAAGGGGUGGAUAGGGUCUGGAUUGCAGACGGUGGGAGUGAAUGGGAAAGAAUGGAUAUGGGCCAGAUUACAGACGGCAGGAUUGAAUGGGAAGGGGUGGAUAGGGUCCGGAUUGCAGACUGUGGGAGAGAAUGGGAAGGGGCAGAUACAGGCCAGAUUGCAGACAGCAGGAGUGAUGGGCAGGGGUGGAUACGGUCCAGAUUGCGGAUGCUGGGAGUGAAUGGGAAGGGGCAGAUACAGGCCAGAUUGUGGAUGGCGGAAGUGGAUGGGCAGGGGUGGACAUGGUCCAGAUUGUGGACAGUGGGAGUGAA